GGGGUCCACCAUGCCAUGUCUGCUGUGACGUGUUUUCUGUUUGUCCUAGGUAAGGGGGCGGAGCCCUCAGGAGGCAGCAAGACGCUGGUCUCCUUUCCUGUGAAACAGCCUCAUGUCUGGCCAUCGGCGACAGGUGAGAACGCAGCCCACCCGUCCACUAUUCUCCAACACCUGGAGGUAGGAAGGGAAAGUUCUGUGGAUCCGGGGCAGAAAACGGCAAGAUCUGAACCUCGCCAAGAAGAAGAAGACGAUUCCUCCUCCUCUUCCUCCUCCUCCUCCUCAUCAUCCGACUCAGACAGUGACCUGGAGGAGGACAAAAAGAGAAAGGAAGCUGCUGAGGAGAAGAAGAAAGAUCAAUCCGACCCGAAAUGGGGCUCCAAGGACCCGAAGACACAUACGGGACAACCAGGAACUCGACAACAGGAAAUCCCGGGAGGAGAGAAAGCGGGAGAAGACUCGACCCAUGUCCCCCCAGCUGUGGGGAAACGGAAACCCAAGCUACAGAAGAUACCCCGUGCGGGGGAGAAGGCAACCACUGGUGGCCAGGAUCUCACUGGAGAACCAUCGGAAGAUGUUGUCCCGGGUGUGGACACAAAAUCUGGGAAGAAGACACUCAGUGGUGUCCAGGAUCUCGCUGGAGAAGACUUGGUGGAUGAUCCCCCGGCUGUAGAUACAAAGUCUAUGAGGAAGACACCCCAGUCUAUGGAGAAGACACCCAGUGGUGGUCAGGAUCUUGCUGGAGAAGACUUGGUGGAUGUUGCCCCGGCUGUAGACACAAAAGUGCAGAAGACACCCCAGUCUAUGGAGAAGACACCCAGUGGUGGUCAGGGUCUCGCUGGAGAAGACUUGGUGGAUGUUGCCCCGGCUGUAGACACAAAGUCUAUGGAGAAGACACCCAGUGGUGGUCAGGAUCUCGCUGGAGAAGACUUGGUGGAUGUUGCCCCGGCUGUAGACACAAAGUCUAUGAGGAAGACACCCCAGUCUAUGGAGAAGACACCCAGUGGUGGCCAGGAUCUCACUGGAGAAGUCUUGGUGGAUGUUGCCCCAACAUUCGGCACGGAGAAACCAGCAUAUGGUGAGGCUCGGGCUCCAGAACAGGCUGAAGAGGGAAGACUUGCCAGCAGCCGGGGUCAGGAUGUCGGAGAAACACAAUCCUCUGGUGGGAACAACAAAGAUCCUUCUGAAGAACCUUCAGUCUCCUCUCCGGAUCUCUCGGUUGAAUCGGAUGACCCGUCACCAGCGGCUUCAUUGACUCCGCCUCCUUCAGCGGCUCCACCUCCUCCUUCAGCGGUCCCGCCUCCUGCUUCAGCGGCUCCAUCCCCAGAAGAGCCCUUCGAUAAUUCCAAAUAUCAGAACCAACAGCACUUCUCCUACACCCCGUUCACCUUCGUGGAUUAUGACGUGGACCUCUCAACGUACCGCCUCCCUCAGCCUUCUUCUGGGAGACCCUCCCCCUUCCACUGAGUGUUUCUUCAUCAGGGGGACACUGAGACCGGCUUCAUCAGGGGGACCUUCCGACCCGACAGUGAGACCCCCCUGUGAUGGAACUGUAUAAUAAUAAAUCCUCUGUAUAUUCUCUAUGAA